AUUUCCAUCAUUUCUGUCUACACAACCAGUGGUAUAAAGCUGCAGCUAGCUCAUAAUAACAGGGGAAACAGAGCAACAACAGAACCAAGAUGAUGAAGCCGCUACGAGUAGUCAUCGUCACAACAGUUGUAGCCUUCUUCGUCAUCAUCUCCAACGCCCAGCCCAUGCCGCCGGCCAGGCCCGAUGGGUUCGUCUACACGAACGUCGGGCCGGUUGACCCGAACCCGGUUGCGAUCGAGGCCUUCCUCGACCCAGUUUGCCCCGACAGCAGAGACUCCUGGGCGCCUCUCAAGCUAGCUAUGAGCCACUACGGCUCCCGCGUCUCCCUGCUUGUUCACCUCCUCCCUUUACCGUACCAUGACAACGGAUACGUUGCUUCUCGAUCUCUGCAUAUCGCAAACUUGCUCAAUUCUUCCUCCACCUUCCCGUUGCUCGAGCAGUUCUUCAAGUAUCAGGACAAGUUCUAUAGUGACCAAACGAAGAACUUGUCGAAAGCUUUCAUUGUGAAAGAGGUGAUUGAUUUUGCGACUAUUGCUGUUGGCAAUUCCUUCCAACCUCAAUUCCAAGCUGCCUUCAGCGACAUAAGAACCGAUCGGAAGACGAGGGUGUCCUUUAAGUUUGGUACAUCAAGAGGCAUCUAUGGAUCUCCUGGUUUCAUAGUGAAUGGGUUUGUGUUGCCCGGCGUUGGCUCUCCCAUUGACUACAAUGGCUGGCGGAAGAUCAUAGACCCAUUGGUCGCCAUGAAGAGGAUGUAGGGCAAAUUUGGAUUCAAAUGAACUUGUUACGAGUGUUUAAUCAAAUCGAAGGGAUCGUGUCGUUGAUAUGACAGGAAAUUGAAUGAAACUACCAUUCAAGUUGAGUCUAUAUUGGUACCCUGCAAAUUAUGUUACUGGGAAGUCUUUGUAAGAUAUGGAUGAUUUCGACUAAUUCUUCUGCAACUGUCUUAUACAAAGUCAAAUUUAUGUAAAAAAUGUUUUAGUCUAUGAUAUUGAAAAGUGAUUGAAUUCUUCUUAUUUAUAUUGGAAACUAAAAAAUGAUCAGAAAUCAUUUUCUUUUGCUGCCACUGGGAAAGCUAAUAAUCAUAUGUUAAAAUGAGCAAGUAUAUUAUUACAUUGAGCAGCGAAAAAAUGAUUUGAUCUGAGUAGGUGGGAGGUUUUGUACGACCCAACACGUGUUCUGUAUUUCGUAUUUGUUCCAGCUGGCUCAGCUUAUUCAUGGUUUAACGAUUGUCAUCUAUAGAAGGUAAGGUACAAAGAGAUUUUAUUAUGUUACGAUAUUUAGAUAUGUUGAUAAUUGCUUCAAUAUAAGCUCCGUAUCUACACUUGAAAGUCAGUUGGUAGAUAAUUAAUUAUUGAAAACGGCUGAAACAAACUGUUGACCUGCACAGUUUAUAUAUCAAUUUGAUUUGAUUCGAAUAGAAAGCACUACAUUAUCGACAUGUGUUACAUGUUUUUACAUGAAUUUUCUUAUGUGGUGUACCAAACUAAAUACCAACAAGGAAACAACACACACGCUCAGCUCAGGUAUGCUUAUGACCUUCCAUCUAACAAACAAAGGUGCACGCUUACUACCGGCGAGUAUUUUUGCAGCUUGACUUCCUUUGUGCACUUCCUAACUGGUUUAGAGCUUUGGAAGGACCGAAGGAGCAAUCACCAAUAUAUGCAGCAGCCAUCAUCUAGAUUCCAGAAGUCCUACUUUCUUCCGGUCCUUUCUUCCGGUGGAGAUGAUCCUUAUUCCCACUACUGCAACUACUGCUCCCUAACAACAGGGGCGGACUCAAUCAACAACUAACAAUAAUAAUCAACGGCAAGCUUGACUCCAUCCUGGCAGCUACACGAAAUCGCGAUAGCGGGAGUUGGGCUGUGGCACUCGAGAUGAAUGGCGUGUGGGCCUUGUGGGCCUAUCAUUGCCACCCUCUGAAGAACCGGCAUUGCCCUCAAUGCCCAGCUGAAUGAAACGGUCAUGGAACACAGACGCUAACUCCCACGUUGCAUCCUCCGCUGGCAGAUCCUUCCACUUAACGAGCAGCUCUUCGUCCCAACGCGACCCGCGUUGAACGUGACGAGUCCCGAGAAUAGCGUCGGGCAGCAGGAGGAGCGCGCCAUCGUCGUCAAUUGGAGGAACGUCGGUAGGUGCAGUGGACGGCGGAUCGGGGCAGCGCCGCAACAAGGAAACAUGGAAGACGGGAUGCACACGGCUGCCAACGGGCAAUGCUAAGCGAUAUGCAACCGGGCCAAUGCACUCGGUAACCAUGUAGGGCCCGAAGUAACGGCAUGAAAGCUUUUGUGAAGCACGCCGAAAGAUUCAUGGAUGCGUGUUCGCAGUUUACGUCGAGGAUGGGCUUUCCCGAUGGUUUUCCGACGACUUUUCCGGCGAGCGUCGAUUUUUUCUGAUUCAAUACGUUUUCUGAAAGUUGAAUAUGUUGUAGAUUGUGAAACUUCUUAACCAAGGAUGUACAUAUAUACUUUUUUUUUUAGUUGGCGGCAAAUAUCAAUUUGUUUCGCGGGAAAUAGCAAGCCCCAAUAAAAUACCC